UAAGUAUCACUUCAACACCUCUGUCAAUAACAUUUCUUUUCUUUUUAACUUUCUCUCAAGAUCUUCCUUGCUUUCGGUGCUUUCUUUUCCAAUACUCACGUUCUUUUCAUCUCUUUCUUACCUAAUCUCUAUUACCCAUCUCUUAUUUUCUCUUUUUUAUUUUACAUUGUUAGCUUCUACUUGUAUCAUAUAUAUCCUUUCAAGUAUUUUCUCUACCUCUUUUCUUCAGUUGCUUCCUCUUCAAGAUCUUAUCUUACUCUGCUUACAAUUCAAGCUGAAGUUUUCUCUCCGGAAAGUGAUGCAUCAAAUUUUCUAGAAUUAUUAAGCUACCUGGAAUGCUUCUUCACCAUCGAAUCUUUUAACUCAACCAAACAUUUCUCUUUUCUCAGUAAGCUGUAAGAGGCAAAACACUGACUUUUUGUCAUGGAUUCAAGUAGUAGUCAUAAUUUUCAGAACCAAUCUGAUUCUGGGUUGUUGAGGUUUCACUCUGCUCCAGGCUCUCUUCUUGCUAAUUUCACUGAUACCGUUAAUAAGAGUAAUUUUGAAGCAGACAGAUUAAUGUCAAGAUUCAUGAACUCUGGAGGGGAUACUGGUAAUAACUCUAACUUUCAAGAAUUUGAAGAUAAAUCGUCGGUUCAUUAUGGGAUUAUUAAUUCUCAACAAAAGUGUUGUGGGUUGCCUCCUUAUUGUCCAAGGCAGAGUUCUCCUAUGGACACCUCAUUUGAGCUCUUAAUGGAUCAGAACACUCAAGUAAAAAAUGUUAACUCCAAUCUCGUUCGGCAGAGUAGCUCCCCUGCUGGACUUUUUGCCAAAUUGUCUGCUCAAAAUGGCCACUCAACUGCAAGGGAAGUAGGAAACUACGGUGGGUUGAAUGGAUCAAAUGGAGAAGUCAAUCCAUCUACAAAUAGACUGAAAAGUCAGCUUAGCUUAUCAUCAAGAAUACCUUCUCGGUUGGGCAUCCUCUCCAAGAUCUCCGAAAUUGAGAGUGAUAACAUUGCAGGUAGUCCUACUGAUGGAAAGGUUGGAAAUGGUAAUGGUGAUGCUCGAUUUUAUUGUGCUGGAUUCCCGUAUGGUUCUUGGAACGAGUCAUCCCAUUUUGUGGAUAAUUUUACUGGCAUGAAAAGAGACCAGGAAAAUGACAGGAAGUUAUUUUCUAGUACUCAGAGUGGAGAACUGGGAAAUUGCGUUCACAUAUUAUCCCAUCAGUUGAGUUUGCCUAAGACUUCGGCAGAGAUAGCUGCCAUGGAGAAGUUCUUCCAGUUUCAGGAUUCUGUCCCCUGCAAGAUUAGAGCAAAACGUGGUUGUGCCACUCACCCUCGAAGCAUUGCCGAAAGGGUUAGAAGAACCCGGAUCAGUGAACGAAUGAGGAAACUACAAGAGCUUGUUCCAAAUAUGGACAAGCAAACAAACACCGCGGAUAUGUUAGAUUUGGCUGUUGAGUAUAUUAAAGACCUCCAAAAGCAAUUUAAGACUCUUAGUGACAAUCGGGCCAACUGCAAGUGUUCAAAUAUUCAGAAGCCAGUUCCGAAUCAAAUUGUUGGACUCGCUUCUGCACAGAAGAUGAGGAAAAUGAUGAAUAGGGGUUAGCAUUUUCAUUUUCUCUUUAAUGAAUUAAGCAAGUGUAACGAAGCUCGAGUUUAUGUUGCUUCAUUAGCUAUGACCUAGAAAGGCAGAUAGAAUUUACACCACAAGAUUCAAAGCCUGUAAGCUAGAGAAGUAUGGUUACCAUAUAUUAUGAAAUAAAGUGAUAAUUGUACAGGACAUGUUAAUGCAUUUCUUUUUACAUGCAAGCCUACAAUUUAUUUCA